AUGGCUGUCAGACCCUCAACCGCUCGAAGCGAAAUCUCCUCUGCCAUCUCUGAAGAUGGGUACGGAUCCAGACCCCAGUCAGGUGUCCCUCUUCCUGCGCUGCCCAACCCCCCCUCUUCACAACAUGGUUACGCGCAUCUAAGAGGUAUCACGCAACCUACAAACCGCUCGAUAAGGAGCAAUCCCUCAGCGGCCACUCCUGCCGCGCCCUCCAGUACCGCUGGCUCGAGUCGGCCGCAGAGCCCUGUCUCUCAGGGGAGUCGCACCCAUGUUCCCUCGUUGACGGCGCAAGGCUUCUUCAAGCCAAUGAGCUCGCAAAGAUUACAAGCACAAAGACUGAGGAGGCCUCUCGGCGCUAGAACAAUGCAGCCGCCGGCGCCAAUUCCAGAUGGUGACGUUGAUGAAGAUGCUCGAAGUGUUGCGUCGAGCAGACAAGGCCCGUUCCAUGCGAUGCCUAGGAGCCAUCGUCCUGCUCCCUCCAUCACGACGGAAUAUACCCAAUCGGAAGCGCCAGAUACCGCCGAUGCCGCAUCUCCCGAUUUUGCAUCUCAGAAUGACGGCGACACGCAGCUCGUCAAUGGUGUCAACUCUCAGAAACCGCGUCGGCCAUCUCGGUUAAAUAUCGCGACCACUCUCAAGGCUGGUGAUCCGCCUCUGAAGUCACCGCUGUCUUUCCGGUCAGGAUUGAGCCUAGCAAGCAAGCACCGCUUGGAAUCGGGACACCUGCAUCUGUCCUCGAAUGCCACAUCUCCCGCAUAUCCACCGGAUACUAAUACCGAGGUCGCGGUAAAGAGUACCCUGGGCAAGAAUUAUGAGUAUUUUGAGGGUAAUACGAUCUUUUGGCUGGGAGGGCGUGUUCAAAAUGCUCGAGAUCGUCCCAUCAAUAUCGCCACGGGCAUACUCUUAGUUCUACCAGCGAUCUUGUUCUUUGUUUAUUCGGCUUCGUGGUUGUGGCAUCAUGUCUCACCCGCCAUUCCUAUAAUAUUUGCUUAUCUCUUUUUCAUUUGUGUAUCUUCUUUUCUUCAUGCCUCACUUGUUGAUCCGGGGGUCUUUCCUCGAAAUAUCCAUCCAUUCCCCCCGGACGAUCACCAAGACCCCUUGGCUCUUGGACCUCCCACUAAUGAUUGGGUCAUGGUACGCCUGGCUACCUCGCAAACAGCAGCGAUGGAUGUGCCAGUCAAGUAUUGCAAGACCUGCAACAUUUGGCGACCGCCGCGAUGUUAUCAUUGCCGAGUCUGCGAUAAUUGUGUCGAAACCCUGGACCACCACUGCGUCUGGCUCAAUAAUUGCGUGGGCCGACGCAACUAUCGGUACUUUUUCACCUUCGUCAGCACAGCGACCUUUUUGGGCCUGUAUUUGGCCUUUGCGUCCUUGGGCCAUGUGAUUGCCUAUCGAGACCAAAGACACGUUUCUUUCGGAACAGCCAUAGACCGAAAUCGUGUCCCUUUUGCCAUGUUUAUAUAUGGAUUGUUGGGAUUCGCUUAUCCAUUCGCAUUGUGGAUGUACCACCUACUACUGGUCGGCAAAGGCGAGACUACGAGAGAAUAUCUCGCAUCCCGAAGAUUCCCCAAGGCCGAGAGACAUCGACCUUUCACACAAGGGAAUUUAAUUAAGAAUUGGAUCUCGGUAUUGGCGCGACCCAAACCUCCAACUUAUCUCCAUUUCAAAAAGCGAUAUGAAGAAGGCGAUCAGCGAUUUGGCGUGCGCAGGGCAGACCGGCAAGCCCAUGGGGUGCAGAAUGGCGAAAUGGAGAUGAAACCGGUACAGGGCUCGCAAAAGACCUUUGAAGGGCCCGCAGGGAGGAAUUUGUCAAAGAAAGAAACCAAAUGA